GACUUUACAUUCCUUUCUCUGGUAUGUGAUCGUCUUCAUUUGAGGCAUAAACAAAAAAUUUAAAAUUGAUUUGGUAGUUUUUCUUCACUUUUUUCGUGCGGGAGACAACUGAAUCACAAUGAUAAAGAUAAUUGUGACAUACGUCACAUGUUUUGUGGCGAUUUUGAUGUUAGUUUUAGCGUUUGCGACUUCGCAUUGGAAUCAACACACAACAAGCCAAGCUGGAUCUUUUGAAAACCAAGUUCACUAUCAUCAUGAAGGAUUGUUUGAAAGAUGCUUCGAGGUUUACGAAAAUGACACGUUCAUCGAGAGUAAGAGUAAUUGUUUGAAUAUCGAUAUUGAAGCUUGGAAUGUGAUUGUUAUGAUUCUACUUGGAAUUUCAAUGUUGCUUUUUAUCCUGGCAUUUGUCUUUGCUGCUAUUUAUUCUUUCUACACACGACGCUCAAAGUAUCCACUUGUAACAAACUGCAGUUUGAUAGGUUUGGCAGCGCUUGCCGCAUUUAUCGCCAUGAUGAUUUACACAUUUAAACUUUGGGAGAAUGAUGUCUUCUUCAGUUGGUCUUAUGGAUCUGGGUGGACAACUGUAGCUAUGGCACUCAUUGGUAUUGUUCUUAUUAUGGCUGAUCGAUAAAGUGAACAUCAGGACUAUGGUUACCAUUUAGUGCAAACUGGAUAUAUUUUUCAUAGCAAAAGUUGACCUUUUAUGUUAUUGUGUUGUACUAUAUUUGAAAUGCAGUGAAUAGUUUUGUAAUAUACAUUUAACUUACAAGGUUAUGCACUUAACCUACAUUAUUCCUCGUAUAAACAAACUGAAUAGUCCUGAGACCAUAUACACUAGAUUCAUACACUAUUAGUUUACUUGCUAUUCACCAUGUGUUUGUGUGGUGAUAUACUGUGGUAAUAACUACAGUAUAAUUGGCUGUGUCCAUCUGGUUAUAAUCCAGUGUAACAUGUAAGAUAAUGUCUCUACAAAGAGUCAUGGCUUUGAUAUGGAAUGUAAUGUUUUCUUUCUAAUAAUAUUUGAACACAAGAUAACAAAAAU